UUCAAUAUGGCAGCGCCCACGGUUCGUCAAAUUUUAACUCAGAGUGCCAGAAAUUCUCUCGUGUUUUCGUCGUAUAAGAAUAGAUUUACAACAGUGCAAAGUCCUUCGAAGCAACAUGGAAAGGAGGAACUAGAAAAGAACAAAUAUUUUGACAAAUAUGCAGAAAAAAUCAAGAAAGCACAAAGUUCCAAUCCCGACAAAUUUCAGUCCAAGUUACAAGAUAUGAUGGAAAUCAAGAAGGAGAAAAAAUGGCGGGACGAACUGGAACCUCCUAGACCUACUAAAUCCAAGAACAAAGUACAUGUACCAAAGCUGCUGAAGACAACUCAGAGUCCAUCAUCAACACAUGGUUUGGAUUCCAUCAUGAAGAUUGACAUGAUUCAAGACUUACCACGAGAGGAAAUUGAGAAAAUAUGGACUCAGUAUCACAUGAAGAAAGACUGCAUCAGUGCUGCCAUACCAGGAACAACAUACGAGAAGAUUUAUCAAACAGCACAAGAGAACCCUCUGUUCUUGUACCCACUGCCCAGGAAAGCUGGGUAUGAGUUCUACUUUGCUCAGUUUGAUAACAGCGACAGCUUCUACUUCACAUCUCUCAUCAACUACCAGGCUUAUCAGGAGAACUCUCCAAUACUACUAAGCAUGAAACACUUCACAGAGCUUCAGAAGGAGAAAGGUAUCGUCCUUAUGCGAGGGGAAAUGGACACAGAUUUAUUGAGCGUACAGGAUGCCCAGUUUUUAGCCAAUCAGCUGCAGCUUUAUUAUGCGACGGACAACUCAGACCGGUUGAAACUCCUGCGUACGUUCAACCAUCACCAGGACGAGUUCAAACAUAUGGAUGUCAUCACCAUGCUAGAGAGAAGCACCUUUGAGCUUCCCUCGGCAACUCCAAACAAGAAAGACUUAUGAACUGAUACCAAAAGGCAAACUGAUUUGAGCAGUUUUUAUACUGGUGGAUAUGAAUAUAUGGACCAGCCAAGAGGGCACUAGUGCUUAUGUUCAUGCCCUGAGUGAUUGAGAAUGAACAUACAGGCAUGUAAACUGCACAUUGGCCGAUAGAGGGAUUUCACAUUAGCGCCAUCUGCGCAUAUCCGCAUCAAAACCAAGGCUGUCUGUGUUGCAAUUCGUUGCGUGCGCCUGCGGAGUUGACACAGUACAUGCAGUAUCCGGUUCAUAAGUGUGAUGCCACUUCAGUUUAAACCACGCCCACUGCAGAUGCACGACCAUCGCAGGUAUGUUAGUUCCUGGUAAAUUGUCGUAGUUUUUUUUU